AUGGGCCUGACCUGGGGAUGCAGCUGUGAGAAGGAAGGAAAAAAUAAAAGGUUUACCUAUGGCAAGCAAUGUGUACAGAGUACGGAGUACAGAGUACCUGUAUCAAGAGGGGGGGAAUACCGUGGAAAAAAGAACGGGAUAUGGAAACGCACCAAAAUAUAUGCCCAACCAGACAAAUCAAUUUUGUCCAGUAUGACUAGAACUGUGCUUCACUGUCAUCGCCUUAUCCGCUCCAUUCCGCCGCCGCCAACAUUGCCCUGCCCUUCUCAUCUCAACCUUUCUUCCCCUUCCACUUUUCCCUUCACAAGUUCACUCGCCCCUCGUCCGUUGCUUUCUUCCCGCCCUUCCACCCCCAGGUACAACAUACAUCCUACACCACCUAAACUCUUCUCCCCGUUGAGUCCGUCGCGUACACUAUCCGUACUGGCUCGCCUCUCCCGCCCCGGUUCAAAGACCCUGUCCGCACUGACCAACCAGAAGAGAAGCCUUCGAUAUCCUCCGUCCGCGACGUCCGUCGUCGUCGAAAACGCUCCGGCCCAGCAAGGGGUCCUGGUGGAACCCAUCGUGUGGCAAUUCCUUCAAAACUUUGCUCUCCAUUGGAUGACCCGAACCAAGGUCGCGGGGCAGCCACAGCUGUUGUUUAUAUCAGCCACACCAAGGCCACCGGUUUGGCACGCUCUCCAACUGCCUCCGUGGUCACCUCGCCUAUUAUUCUCUCUGUCAGUCAUUUCAAUCCGGGACAAUACUCUCAUGUUGCCCUUUUUCAAAAACACGCCCUCCGAAUCACUCGUCACACGCUGUCCGAGAGGCUCCACGUCCGUUUCACUCGGCUUUCAUGUGUGUUGA